AUCGUUUUUUCCUUCUCACUAACGCAUCAGAUGUAACAGGUCUUUCUACUUUUCUUUGUUUGGUUUGCUUCAUGGCAAGGACACCAAGCCAGAUUUAAAACAAGGUUUGUUAGUCACUAGUCUAUUCAACCAUAGCAAUAGAUUGAUCGCGUAUCUCUUUGGUCAUCUGUUGCCACCGCUCCUAAUCAUCAUGUUGUUUUCCCUUCAUAUCCCUGAAUUAAUAAUCAGUUUUAUUUUAAUCUGUUUCUAUGAACCAGUUUUGGUAAAAUGUGCAGAUCCAAUUGUUAGCAUAUCCACAGGACAAAUCAAAGGAGUCCAGAAAACAGUUCAAGGUGUUAAAUUGAAUGUUUUUUACAAUAUACCUUAUGCUGAACCACCAAUCGGAGACAACCGUUUUCGUAAGCCUAUUCCGAUAACAAAGAAAUCCAAUGAAGUUUACAAAGCAGUUCGCAACUCUCGAGUUUGCUACUCUAUGCCAGCCAAGUAUCUGGCUAUUACCUCACCUUUUAAAGUAAACGAAACAGAGGAUUGUUUGAUUUUAAAUAUUUGGUCGCCUGCUGAUCUAAGCUCAGACCAAUUGAAACCUGUUCUUGUUUACAUCCAUGGCGGAGCUUUUAUACUUGAUGGUGCUCGAGAUCCUCGAAUAUCAGAUGGAGAAUUACUUUCAGCUUUAGGUGAUUUCGUUGUUGUUCUUGUAAGAUAUCGUCUCGGAGUGUUUGGUUGUCUAUUUACCAAUUCAGAUGAAGCUCCUGGCAAUUUACCAUUGGAAGAUCAGGCUUUGGCUUUAGAAUGGAUCUCAGAUAAUAUUAAAUAUUUUGGUGGUGAUCCAAGCAGGAUAACACUCUCAGGUGAAUCAGCUGGAUCAAUCUCUGUAGCUUUGCAGUUUAUGAGACAAAAAAAUCGUCCACUCUUCCAACAAAUGAUCUUACAAAGUGGAGCUACAAAAACUAGUUUGAAUGAAGAUAUUGGUGCAGCUUUGAUAAGAUCGGGAAAGAUUUCCAAAUUUCUAGGUUGUUCACCUGAUGAAUCCAUUAACCAUUUAUCUAAACCAGAAAUUUUAUCAUGUCUUCGAUCGGCUACACCCGAAAGCCUCAUGGAAGCUUACAUGAGUGAGGAAACAGAACACAGCAGCGUUCAUGGAGCACCAAGAUGUUUAGUAGAUACAGGUGAAUUUUCACAAGCCGACGCAGAUCGUCGUCUUUUAUCUGGUUCAUUUCCAUCUGGGUUUCCAAUCCUUGUCACAACCUUGGUUGAUGAAGGGUCCGUUAUUUUGGCCCACAUGCGGUAUGAUAAAAGUAAAGGUUUUCGAGAAGCUCUCAAAACAACAGUAAAUCGUCUUCAUUCAUCAGAAGCUGUCAAAUUGACUGACGAAACAUAUUUCUCGGGUUUACUUGACAACCUAAAUUCAUUUGACGCAGAGAAAGCAACUGUUCAUGCCCUGGGCGAUCUCUUUAUCCGAUGUCCUUCAAUUUGGUUUGCCGAGAAAACUAUGGACACAAAUACUGUUUAUACUCUAGAAUAUACUUAUGCAAGUCCAAUUUUCAGCUCCAUGGAACCUCAACUGAUUUUCAACAGCAACUUUGGACCAAGACAUGGCCUUGAUUUGCUUUAUGUAUUUGGUACCCCAUUACUUCUCAAGAAAAAAGUCACAGAAGAAGACGUUAUUCAAACUGAACAAAUUAUCUCUAUUUGGAAACAAUUUGUUCAUAGUGGUAAACUUAACUGGUCUCCGUACAUUAGGCAAAGUCAUACUGGUAAAAUCUUACCUCAUCAACUCGAAGUAAAUCCAACCAAACAGAUAAACUCAACCAAAUUUGAUGAAAGAUAUUUCCACUGUGAAAUUUGGAAGCAAAUAGUCUAUGGAAAUGACUUUUAAUUUUUUGAAUUAGAGUCAGUAUAGAUGGACAUUAAAAAAUAAUUUAUGCUUCAAGGUCUCUGGUGUUAAAAACUGGUUUAUUAGCUGUUUUAUUAAUUUGAGUUGGCAAUCAAGGGCUUAAUAAAAUACUAAGUCCUCGAUUGUUUCAAAUUGGAUGCUGCGCUACUUUCUGGUUAAAAUUGUUUAUCACUUAUCUGUAAUAAGAGUUUAAUUAAUUGAUAUGUAUUAUCAGCAAAUUUUGAUAAGCUGGUUUCAUCAAUGAAAUUAUAUUUGAUAAAGGUAUUGUUUGUCAUUACGAUAA